CCUUAGUUUCCUAUCAACCGCAAGAUGUCUGAGUCUGUUUGUGUGCCGUUAACUGGUUCGUUGAAUUAUUCACCAUCGGUUGGACUCUCUACUAGUGUACUGCUGUAUCAAAAAUAACGAGAGAAUGUUUGUACUGACUCUGACUCAGUAGCGCAGACUCAGUCAGAAAGAAAAGUGAGAGACCAACGAGUUGUGAAGUAGCUGUGUUCUUGGCCUGGUGCUGGUGAACUUGAAAAAGUAGGUUGUUUUCAUGUAUGUCACUAGAAUCUCUCGCGGAAACAUUCUAUCUGUGGAUCAUUUUUUGGCAAAAAGAGACGCACGGAUGAUCAGGUCACUGCAUCUAUAUAAGUUGAAAAAGUACCCGCAUUAUCUUAGUUUUGCGCCGUUACGGUUUCCCCAAGUUUUUCCCUCAUCCGCCGUGUAAGUUUUGUGACUUGUAGUUGACAUGCCCGAGACCCUGACCAAAGGCACACCUAGUGUGACGAAUAGUAUGUCGUACCACUAUGUAUUCUUUUCCGUUCGGGAUUCACUCCUAUUUCUCUCGGAUGAGGAAAAUUUUUGGACUUGACGAAAUCCUAAGACCUCAUUCCAGACGUUGACGUUGUGGUCACGGCAGUUGUUGUGCUCGUAAAUUUGGUGUGAUUUAAAAAGUAGGGAUAUCAAGUUUUUCCAAUUAAUUUGACGUGACAUCCUUGCCUCAUCAAGUAUUCCUAUGUAAGUACUCUUGUUUUUGUUUUUGUUUUUGUUUCUGUUUCAUGUUCCAUCGGCUAGUUGUAGUAUCGGCAAUGCUAGUCAUUUGUUCAGAUAGUCGUGCACGACGCUAUCAUCCGUUUCUUUGUGUUUCUUUUCUAAAAACUCGUAGAUUUUUAGGAAGACGAAAAGAUAUCAACACUCAAGAGCAAGAUGAAAGAGUUUCAAUUUAUUGUAAAUCUAAAUUUCCUAUUCAUUGGUCGAAGUUGUUGUAGGUAGUACAGCUACUGAAUGCCUUUUCACGCAUAAAAACAGAUGAUUCUGAUCUCCUGCUUUCACUCAACAUGGGCUCAUGAUUAUAAAUAUAGUUGGUCUUUCGAAAUCGAAAAUAUGCACGAAUACUACCCGUAAGUCGUAGCCUUUUAAUUUUUUUUUUCUUUGUUUUGGCUCUUCAGUAGCCACUGGAGUCUGCUGGUUUAUCUAGUGGACCCGCACCUAACCUAGCCUAAAUAUGAUUUCAUGUAGCUGUAAGAUAAAAAACAGCCGGUAGUUAGUUUUCACCUCUAUACUCUAGGUCUAUCCCUUCCUGCAAUAUAAGAAACAGCUAGGGGCGACCUUUCGUCGACCACUACUUCAUCCGCUGUUCUUCUAUUGAAAUCUAUCAUGUCUUCAUCGUUGUCCUCGCAAAUGCAAGGGUCUAUCCUCGUAGAAGACGGAGGUGCAUUCGAUGUUAGCGCCAUGAUGCUCCGUCAUUUCGUUGAAAUGGGGAACGACCCCUUGCUCUGGCGUAUGUAUCUCGAGAUCACCCGCUUGAGCGUCUGGACGAUUAUCAUCACAUUCGCUUUGGAAGCGACGUCUCCUGGUGAAACCUGGAAGGUACCUGCUCUUUUCUUGAUUCCUUUGUCUAUUUCUCGUUCCGACGGCAAGUGCACGCAAUUUAUCUUUUCUUCUUGGUCUGUGCAACACAAUAUCAGCUCGUCGUUCAUCUUCCUCACGCCAGCUACUUCGACACAGCCCGGGUCUGUAUAUGAAAGGCGUUGCGGCGAACUUCUUAAACCAUUUUGUGGUUGCUCCUCUGAUGUUCGUCUUGUACCUGAGGUACAGUCUCCUUGCCGGAAAGUCACACCUCGACUGUGACCCAAGUCGUGUUGCUUUUGAUAUUUGGGGUGUGCCGGACUACAGCUAUUGCCGUGGCUUCGAUCUUAUGGCCAAAUUAUGAUAUCUGUAGUCGUGUCACGCCCGCGGGCUACCGCGCUUCGCCCCCUGAAUGAAUGAAUGAAUGUGUCACUGCCUGAGCUCUUCUAGUUCUCCGAGCAGCCUCAGAGGUACUGCAAAUGAUGAUGAGUGCCCGUCUCAUGCGGACAGUGGUUUACAGUCACAACAUCAUGGUAUCUGUUAAUUGUCACUACUUUCUACCGUUCAGUCUUGUCCUCGUUGCUACCAAACCAACUUCAGUUUUUACCCUUUACACGCCAAGAUAACCCAUAAUAUUUAUUCGCCCUCUCCUGCUUUCAUACUCCUGUCACAUGUAGUGAUCGAAACUCUCGCGAUCUUGUUGAUCCAAGCCAUCGGGUACUACCUUGCUCAUAUGGCCAUGCACACGAAGAGUCUGUAUUGGACACACCGCUUUCAUCACAGAUUUAACAUUGUUGUCGUUCCCGUAACAGCAAACAGUGUCUCGGCUGCCGAGUAUGUCAUCGCCUACAUGCUGCCGAUCUUCGUACUAACAAAGUUUUGAUUUAGUCGUUAUUCGUUUCGACAAAUACUUGCACGUAUUCGCGAGGAGGUUAAUAUUGCAGCCUAAACCGAUUGAGUUUUUUCUUGUUAACAUCGCGGACGUAAAUGGGCCUCGUCUCAUCUACUGCCCAGUUCCCUAUCAUGCUCCUUCACCUCUGCUAUCCCCUCCCCAUUAAAUUUGCAGAUCGGAACGGUGCUUUUCAAGCCGAGUCUUCCCGCACUUUUUUCCGCAGGAUUUACCAUUAGCUUGUGCAACAUUCUGAUCCAUACACCCAUUCUGCAUUGGGCUUCGGAGUUUUUGCCGUCGAUAUUCGUCUCCACAUCGGGUCAUAUGGAUCACCACCGGAAACUGAGUCGCAACUUCGCAGCGCCUACAUUGAACGUGGACUGGCUCGUUUCGUUUCUACUCCCCAAACUGUCGGAGAAGCGGCGGAGCAAAAUUUUUGUGGAGCGUGGCGACCGCGAAGACGCUGUGGACCACGGAGGAGAAAAGGAGGUGCCACGGAAAACCUUACGCAAAUCCCUUGAUGAAGACUUCGCGUGCGAGUCAUAAGAUUCUUUUCCGGCCAGAUUUAGAGCUGGCGAAGGGUGGGUGAAGACAAAGGGAAUACAAGACAUGGGAAUAGUUUAUAUAGAGCUAAAUAAUGUAGUAAAUAUAUCACGAUUUUUUUUUACAACAGGAUAAGUCGACGCCUAAAUUAGUAUCCCUAUGAGAUAAUAGAAAUUGGUGCUGAUGUUGGCUGUGGCAGCUGGGACAACUCGGAAUCGGAGUAGAUAUGUUUACGCAGUGCUGAUCAUCCCGGCCAUACUAGUGAGAGUAAUUAUACAGAAGUUGGAUGUAGUUUGCGUUUGCGAGAAAUGUCUCGUAAUCAUUGAAACAGAAUUGCAUGAGACGGUAGCAAGGUUGCUUGUAUUAAUGUAAGUUCGCCGAAGAAAACGUAACCAAGAAAAGAUAAUAGUUCUAGUACCAGUUCUUGUAGUUCUCUGAAUUUUAUAUCGAUACUCGAUGGUUCAGAUGAAAUUUGCAUGAAAGACAUAUUGGCAAGAGAUUUCAAGGCGCUGCCCUUGUUUCACUCCCGGCUCAUACAAAAGACAAGCCAUGAUCUAUUUCAUGAAUAUACCUAGAUCUUUCUCGGGGGCGGAGCCACGCGCACAUGAUAAGCUAUCAAUCUGCGUUUGGCGCGGCUUUGAUGGACGCCUGUUACAAUAAUUGGACCAACAAGAACAAGCUGG